AUGCCAGAGUCAAAGCCACUCAUAUACGAAAGCAGCAGCCACGACGACAGUAAGACGAUCGUCGGUGCCCAGUGCAAUGUCAGCUCAUUGUUCAAUGAUGACGAACUACGAGAGCACUACUUUGGGUGCCAAAACGUGCCAACGUCUGUGUGGUUCCGGUUCGUGAAGGCCAAGCAAAACUUUUCCCGCCCUGCCAUGAUUCGUGCAAAGCGUCAUCAGGAAGUACCCAAAUAA